AAUUUACACGGAGAGAUUUUAAACAGUCAACAUUUUAUCUAGAUGUGAGAUCCUGCCGAGCUCACCACAUUCAAGAUAUAUUCGAUGUGUCAGACUACUGUGUGAAACCACGGUUCCUAAACCGUGGUAAGACAAGCUGACCACAAGGAGAGCCAAGGACUUAUAUUUAGAACAGUAUAAGCGUUUACAAUGCUGGAAUCAGCUCUGUGUGCGUUAGUUGUACUUUGUUUUUGUGUUUGCUCGCCAGUUACCGCCAACAAUGGAUAUUUAGUUGCUGCACCAUCGGUGUUUCGCCCUGGCGUAACAGAAAGUAUAAGCAUUACAAUAUUCGAAGCCACUGAACCUAUACCCGUGAGAGCGUAUCUUGUCGUCCAUGAACACCAAAUCGCGUUCACCAAGGGACUUAUUUUAGGAAAAGGUACUUUGAAAUUAGAGGUUCCAAGGACGACGAAGGGUAAAGCUGAACUCAAAAUUUGCGGUAACUGUGACCUACAUGCUGGCGGGUACACGUUUCAAAAUCAAACGACGGUGACAAUUGAUGAUAAAGGCUCUUCAAUCUUUAUUCAAACUGACAAACCGGUCUAUAAACCGGGACAAACAGUUCAGAUUCAUGUUAUAACAACUGGACCAGAUCUAAGACCAUUGGACAAUGACAUGGAAGCAUAUGUCACAGAUCCCAAAGGAUCCAGGAUGAUACAGUGGAAGAAUCCUGAACCACUUUGUUGUGGUGUUGUAAAAAUGAAUUUUCCAUUGUCAGACCAGCCUUUACUGGGAGAGUGGAUAAUAUAUGUUGAAUCAGGUGGAAUAACGUAUAAUAAAACAAUAGAAAUACAAACAGUUGUUCUUCCAAAAUUUGAAAUGAUCAUUGAACCACCUCCGUACAUAGUAAAUACCAAUAAAUGUUACAGCAUCAGAGUUUCAGCUAGUUAUACAUAUGGUGAACCAGUGCAAGGCAAAUUGACAGUGAAAACAAAUGUACAUGGUCUUGGAUAUUACAAACCAUAUGAAGGACAGCCAGAUAUUCAGGAAAUGGAUAUUGAUGGUUCUACAAAGUACACUGUAUGCAUUAAACCUAUAGUCGGUAGUGAUCUCUCUAACUACUUCCGUGGUAUCUUAUACAUUGAAGCAUCUAUUACCAGUAUUGAUGGUAGCACUACUGUCGGAACUGAUGACACUACUCCUGUACAUACAAAACUAGUUGAUAUGAAGUUCACUAAAGACACCAGGAAGCAUUUCAAGCCUGGUCUGCCUUAUAAGGGAAAGCUUUAUGUAUAUCAUCCCGAUUCAAGCCCAGCAGAUGGUGUUGAUGUCAUAGUCAAAGUUGUAGUCAAUGGUGGCAACUUUUACACUAAAAAAUUUGUAUCAGAGAAAGGGUUUAUUAAAUUUGAAAUUCCAUCCUUACCCUUGACAGCCCGCAUUGUAUGGGUUGAUGCAAUAGUGACUGCUGUUAAAGGUGAAUCUGUUGGUGACGAUUAUUUCGCCUCUUAUAUGUCUAUAACCAGCUGGUAUGCUCCUAAUAAAUGCCAUGUUAUGUUAGAAAAUAGCAAUGAAAAUCUGCAGAUUGGUGACACAGCAGAGAUAUCUGUAUUGUCCACAUGUCCAUGUAAUUUCUCUCUGCAUUAUGAAGUUGUGUCCAGAGGCAACAUAAUAACAUCUGGAAUACACAAUGCAGCACAUGAUUUGAGUAAAAGAGAAGUGGAUAGUAAUGUUGUCACAUUUCUUAAUGGUGUACCAAUAGCAGAAGGUAUAAGUCAUCAGACUACUGAGGCACAACCAAGUACAUGUGAGACCAAUCUUAUGUUGAAUAUCACCUAUGACAUGGCACCAAUGGCAAGGUUACUUGUAUACUAUGUGAGAGAGAAUAAUGAAGGUGUGGCUGAUAGUAUUACAAUACCUGUUAAACCAAGUUUUGAAAAUACGAUUUCUAUGAGUCUUUCAAAAGAUAAGACGUAUCCUGGGGAGCGUAUUGAAAUGAAUUUCAAUACAAAGCCAGGAUCCUGUGUUUGUAUUGCUGCUGUUGACAAGAGUGUUCAUCUAAUGAGACCUGGAUAUCAAUUAUCAAAGCAAAAGGUAUUUGAAGAGUUAGAGGAGUAUGAUGUAACAGAAGAACAGUUUGAAGACACUGUUUUGUGGGGAGGAACAGCGCCAUCUAGAGAUGCUAAAUACGCUUUUCACGAAUGUGGAUUGACAGUAUUAUCAGACGUUGUAGCAUUGAAUCAUAGACAAGACAACAGUCAUAUAUACACUCAAGAAGGGGGCGUCCAAUCUAGCUUUCAGACCACACGUUCUGAGUCAAAUAUACCUACAUUGCAUCGGAGGAGAAGAUAUUUCUUUCCAGAAACUUGGAUAUGGAAUUGUUUUAAUACAAGCUCAACAAGAAAGAAUGAUGUAAUGAAAGUAAAACUACCAGACACCAUAACAUCCUGGGUGAUUGAUGCAGUCAGUCUGUCUGGACAACAUGGGCUUGGUGUAGCUGAACCAGUAACAGUGAAAACAUUCAAGCCAUUCUUUGUAGAAUUCACCAUUCCAUAUUCAGUGAUACGAGGAGAACAAAUCAAGCUUCCUGUUACUAUUUAUAACUACCAGGAUGUCUGUGUCAAGGUGCAUCUAGUCAUUCAUGUUCCACAGGGUGUGAGAUUUGUUACUGAGCAGCAUAGAAGAUCAAGACAAGAAAUGUGUCUCCAAGCAAAAGAAACUUAUGUCACAUCUGUCUUAUUAGUAUUUGAGGAACUUGGCUAUGAAAACAUUACAGCACAUGCUGAGGCAUAUGAAACCAGAGACUGCUGUCAGUCGGGUAAUAGCAUAUAUGAAGAUUUAAUAGGAGUGGAUAAAGUGUCAAGACAACUUAUGAUUGUGCCUGAAGGUAUUCCUAGGUAUUAUACUCACAGUGUCUUCUUCUGUCCUAAUGAAAAAGUUCACAUUUCCACACCAGCCAAUUAUGAGUAUCAGUAUUUCAGAAUUCCUGAAUUUUCUGAGUUUUUUACCUUCUCAACCAAAGCCAAAAAUGAUGUACAUAUAGCUUUGUCUUCAUUAUCAAUGGAUAUGAAUGAUAUGUAUGAGAUUGUGCUUGGUGGUUGGCUGAAUACCCAGUCAUGGAUUGCAAGGUCUAAACAAGGUGAUCAUGAAGUGGCUGUUCCAUCAGUCGAAAUUCUGUCGUCAGAUGAAUUCCGAUCUUUUUGGAUUAGUUGGCGAAAUGGGACCAUUCAGGUUGGUUAUGGUACAGCUCCAAUUGUCGAGUCUGUCUUCUUGAAAUAUUAUAAUGAUGUUCCAGUCGUUGCUAAUUACAUUGGAUUCUCUACUGGAAGACAAAGUAAAGGAGAAUUCAAAUGGGACAGACAAGAUACUAAGAAUGGUGGUAUUUAUGAAAUAUUUGAUCUUGGGAUGCCAUCAAAUGUUGUAAAUGGAUCAGAAAGAGCAGAUGCCUCUAUUAUUGGUGAUGUAAUGGGACCUACUUUGACUAAUCUUCAUAAUUUACUGAGACUACCAUUUGGUUGUGGUGAGCAAAACAUGAUUCAUUUUGCUCCCAAUGUCUAUGUGCUGCGAUACUUAGCAAAAACCAACCAGGUCACACAGAAACUGAUGGAUGAGGCACUACGAUUCCUUGUGGUUGGGUAUCAGCGACAGGUCACAUACAAAAGACAAAAUGGUUCUUACAGUGCUUUUGGAGAGCGUGACUCACAAGGCAGUAUGUGGUUAACAGCAUUUGUGUUAAAAUCUUUUGCACAGUCAAGAUCAUUCAUUUAUAUUGAUCCUAAUGAUAUGAAGAAAAGUGUUACAUGGAUAAUACAACAACAAAGAAAAGGUGGUUACUUUCCACCAGUUGGCAGAGUCUUGAAUAGAGAUAUACAGGGUGGUUUAAAAGGCAGAGUGUCACUGACAUCAUACGUAGUAAUAGCCCUCUUAGAAGUGGGCGUGGAGACAAAAGUAGAAGAAAAUGCUGUAGAUCGUGCACAAACAUUUUUAGAAUCCAGUGUAGAGUCUGGUCAUAUUACUGAUCCAUAUACUGCAGCAGUGACUGCGUACGCACUGACAUUACUAUCAAGUAAACAUGCAUCAGCUGCUGUAAGAAUUAUGAAAAGUUUUGCCAUAAGAAAGGAUGGUUUUACAUACUGGAGAUUCUCUGGUCCCCUUGAUGAAACAGCAUCCAUAAAUGGUUUAGAGCAAUCUGUAACAUCUGCUGAAGUAGAAAUGACUGCAUAUGGACUGUUAACAUAUACUGCAAUGGAUGAUAUUGCUUCAUCCUUACCAAUUGUGAAAUGGUUAUCUAAACAAAGAAACGCUUUAGGUGGAUUUACAUCAACACAGGAUACUUGUGUAGCACUGCAAGCAUUGUCCGAAUAUGCAGUCUUGGCAUUUAUAGGUGGUGUUAAUGUCACUAUCGAAGUAGCAUCUACUAAUUUAGAUCUCCAAGAAAUCUUUACUCUUAAUAAAGACAAUAUAAAAGUAAUGCAGACUGCAAGGAUACCUACAGUUCCAACUACCUUGUUUGUCAAUGCGGAUGGGGAAGGAUGUGCUCUGCUGCAGAUUGACGUCAAAUACAAUAUUCCGGAUCCAACUGCAAAUCCUGCCUUUAAAUUAGAUAUUCAAAUGCAAGAAAAGAGAAAGAAGAAGCAACAUGGCAAGACACGGAUGAAUAGAUCAGCUUUGAAAGAAUCAUACAUUGAAACAAAUGAUCUCAUUGGUAAUGAUUAUAAAGUAACCAUAGAAAUAUGUACCAGAUGGCUCCAUGCAGGUUCAUCUAACAUGGCAGUCAUUGAAGCAUCUUUGUUGACAGGGUUUAGACCAGACACUGAAACACUAGAAAAGCUGUUAUUAAAUAGACAUACUGGUGUUAAAAGGUAUGACGUGGACGGUAGAAUGGUUAUAUUUUAUUUUGAUGAAAUAUCAAGUCAAUGUCUAACAUGUGUCAGCUUUGAAGCAUUCCGUGAUUAUGUUGUUGGAAAAACUAAGCCAGUACCAGUGAAAGUCUAUGAUUACUAUGAGCCUAGUUUUGAGGCAACACAAUUCUACAAUGCAUCUAAGAAUAGUCCUCUCUCCAAACAACUAUGUGAGGGCAAUAUGUGUAAUGAAAUUGGAGAACCAGAGCCGAGAGAUUUUGCAACCUAUGUAGAUGAACAGCUACAUGUAGAUAGAAGCUGUAACUCUAUCUUUGGAUGUGACCAGCAAAUGAAUGACAUAGUACCUCGUUGUGCUUGUAUCAGUGAUUGCAAUGAUGAUGGACCACCUGUUUGUGCCAAUGAUGGAAUCAUUUAUGGUAAUUUAUGUAAAAUGGAAUUGAUGGCGUGUAAAGAAAAUAUUGAUUUACACGUAAUGCCAUACAUCGUAUGUGCAGAAAAUGAAUUUGGUUUUGAUAGAACAACUGAACAAGUGACACAAGUGAGUUCUGGAUUUGGUCCUGAUGAUGAUCGAUUCUUCACUUACCCAAUAACAGAUGAUGGAAUUGAACCUCCAAAAGAUAAUUUGGGAGAGAAUAUUACCAUGCCAGAAGAAGAAUCUGAAACACCAUUAUUCAAUAAUACUGAUAAUAUAACAAAACCAGGUAUUACAGAUUAUCCUGCAACUAAUGUCACCGUAGAACCUACCCAAACUAGUGACAGAAAAUUUGCAACACUGUCUGUAGAGAAAGAUAAGCAAGGAAAUAUUGUGAAUGACAGUGAAGAGAUUGAUUAUAAUAACAUAAAUGAAAACAUUACAGAUGUUAAUGAUGUGGAUACGGGCAAUUUACAGAAUAUCACUGAACCACUUGAAGAAAUGAAUGAAACUAGCAUUGGGAUUAACAAUGAGACAACAACAUCACCACCAGGAAAAUACAGAAACAUAUCUAAGACAUUAUUACAAACCAUAACAAAUCUGAUAACAGAAAGUACGACACAUAUGUCUCAGGUAACUGGGCACCCUCUAGUUAAAGAAGAUAUAUCAAAAGACAAUAACAAUUUAACCCAAAAUAUGCCAGGAAAUAGUGAUAAAAGCAAAAUGAAUGAAACACAGAAUGGAAUUGAAAGUGAUGAGAAUUACGAAGACAUGAAAACAAUCAGUGUAGUAUCAAAUGAAACUAAACCUGCUAGUGAGAAAGAAGAGAAUUCAGAUGGACUGGUGAAUGAGACAAUAUACACAGAAGUUAAGACUGCUGUUCACAUCACUGAAUCUUCAAACCAGAGUCAAGAUACAUCUGUGUCUGAGAUCAGAGUGCCUCUUGACAGGGAAGGAACUUCACAUGUGAAUGAACACUUUGCAAACACUACUCAGAAUUCUGAUAUCUCAUCAAAUGAAGAUGAUAUGAAUCCUAUUGAACGUACAGAAGAUUCCCUCAAUGUAUUUAUGAACUUCUCUAUAGAGUCAGAGAAUAAUACAGAGAUACACAAACCUGACUUUGUUUUGACAGAAGGGCAAACUAGUACUAACCAUGUUCCUGCAGCUAUAGAGCUUUUGAAACCUGCUGAGGCUAAUAUAACAUUUGAAGAAGAUUUUCCUGAUUAUGAUGAUGCAAAGACAAAACCUAUUUUACCUGAGAUUGAUCCCACAGCUUUGGAACCUGAAUCUAAGACAGUGUUGCAAGAACCUAUUCUUUCUUCCAAAGUACCUGUACCUGCAGAAAAUGUGUAUAAACAAGCAAUAUAUGAUUACAUUUAUCCACUGGAUGCAGCAAGAAAAACUCCUGAUUUAAUUGAUGCAUUGCGGGAACCCACACAUAUGAAAUCUAAACACAAGCUAGUGUUACAAGAACCCAUUAUUGCUGCCGAAGUACCUGAAACUGUCAUAAAAUCACUUGGAGAAGAAAGCGUUCACCAUGAUGAUGUGAGGGAGCAUGAUUUUGUUGAGCUUGAUUCAAACUCCAAGGGACAUCAACACCAAAUAGUGGUCGAAGAGCCAACACAUACUACUAUAGACCCUGCACAUACAGAGUCAGUCAAAGAAAAAGAAUUUAAACAUAGGAUAGUGUUUCAAGAGCCUGAUAUUGCUGCCAAAGUAUCCGAGACUGUAAUAACAUCGCUUGAUGAAGAAAUUGGUUACUCUGAUUCAGUUGAUGCUGUAAGGGAACGUGAUUUAAUUGAGUUUGACCCCAACUUCAUGGAACCUCAACAUGAAGUAGUGGUCCAACAAGAACCUGAACAUGUUACUAUGAACCCUGUACAUACAGAGAAGUCAGCCCGGGAGUUUGAUCAUCCUGUUGCUAUUGAUCGUGUGAGAAAACCUGUCCUAGCUGAGUUCAAUCCUGAACCCUUACCAGUUGAAUUAGAUGAUGCUCAAUUUCAAAUGCCAGAAUUUACCGAGUAUAAACAUGCACCUUUUCAACUUUCAUACAGAGGAGAUAACUCUUAUGUUCCCCACAAAGUUGAAAAACAGCUCCUCACUGAUUCUGAUGAGCUUCCAGAUCUAGUAGAUGAAGUUGUUUGGGAUGAUGGCUAUAAACCACUCAAAGAAAGCAAUCCUGUGCCUUACAGUUUAAUUGAAGAUAGGUUUCCAGUUGAGGAAACUGCCUGGGAAAAUGACUAUGAUUCAGUUUAUGGUAGUUACGAGAGCUUGAAGGCAUUUGAAGAGUUUGAUGAGUUUGACAAUUUUCCACUAGGGCUAUAA